GGCUGUUACUAUUGAGAGAUGGUGCGCCUUGACCUUGUUCGGCCUGCUCGGAGCUUCUGGGUUCCGCCAUCAUAUGUCCGUCGUGCUAAACGUCAGGGUAGGUGUUGGUUAGGUUUGCCAACCACUUCCCUGUCGCAUCUCUAUUCUUCCCUACCUGUCGCUCGUCAGGCUGCCAGGAGUUCCGCACAUGACCCUGGCACCAAACCAUAUUUGCUGUGGCUUUGUCGAUAGUGAAGCUUUUUCUCACAUGCCGAGUUGGCGAAGCUUCCAUGUGGCACCAUGGUUGGAGCCAGCCUUUUUCCAACGACCAGCCGGGCUGGCGUGUUUGACAUCAUUUUUGUCGCUCUGCCACCAGAGGCUCAGCCAGGAGUCUUCUGUAUGUACAUUUCCAGGUAAAAUGCAGCAUGCAUGGUCCUGCAAACCCCCGCCACACGCACCGCCACAGAAUCGAGCUGGGCCACGUUUGUUGUGAAUGGCUGCCCAAAUGGUGCCCCGCAGCGGCGGCUCUGCUCGGCGUAAGUCUUGGCGGGUAACCACAUAGCAUGGCUCAUCGCCCGUCAUCCUGUAUUGCAUUGCUAGAUAUUCUGAAGUGAGGCCACUCAGCGCCACAUAUUCUAGAGCCAGAUUCGCACCAGACACUAGCAGACUAUGGCGUCCCCUGGGACCUCCACAGGCGAUCACGCCUUUCCGCAUCUCACAGACGUCCUUGGCUCGCUUCCAAUGCUCAGGCGAUACUCGCUGAUCAGUCUUUUCUUCCGCCUUGCCGACGACAGCACCGGCGCCCAGGAAAAGGUGGUAACUCAUCUCCAGCAGGCUCUCGCCAGUCUGGCCAGCGCCGUCCCAUGGCUCGCCGGCCGCGUGGUAUUUGAAGGCAGCGACGCGACCCGCUCGGGCAUCCGGCACAUCGUUUCCCACCGAGGCACAAUCCCGCUUUUCGUGAAGCAUCUAGGCCAAACUACUGCCGCCGACCAUGGCGGGUUCCCGAGCUUUGCCCAGCUGCAAGACGCGGACUUCCCCAUGGCCUUCUUGGACUCUGACGUCCUUGUGCCACGCAUCGCCAUCUCGUGGGAUUCGACCAACCCUGACAUUGUCGCACCGGUCCUGGUUCUUCAGGCCAACUUUGUCGACGGCGGCUUGGUCUUGACAGUCUGCAGCAACCACACAACCAUGGACAUGACAGGACUGAAAAUCGUAAUUAGAUACAUUGCUAAAGCCUGCCGGGGCGAGAGUCUGUCGUCGUCGGAAGUGGCGCAGGCCAACCAGGAUCGCCGCCAUGUCGUGCCGCUGCUCGGGGACGACUACCAACCCGGCCCGGAGCUCGACGACUCGCUCGUCAAGCCCGCCAAGGACACGCUCAAGGCCCAGGGAGCCGCGCAUCCCAAACCAGCCAAAUGGGCCUACUUCAAGUUCAGCAACCCGGCCCUGGCGGAGCUCAAGCGCGAGGCCAGCAAACAGGACGCGGUGCCGUACAUUACGACGGAUGACGCCGUCUCGGCGCUCUGCUGGCAGCGCAUCCAGGCCGCCCGCCGCGCGACCCUGGGCCCAGCGGCUGCGGCCGAGUCGCAGCUCUGCCGCACCGUCAGCAUGCGCAAGGCGCUGGGGCUCGAGGGCUACACGGGCCACGUCGUCGACUGCGCCUACGCGCGAGCGGCGGACGUGUGCGACCUCCCCCUCGGCGCCGUGGCGGCGACGCUGCGCCGCCUGGUGCGCGACGGGGACGCGCAGCUGCGCCACUUUCGCGCCUACGCCACCGUGCUCGACCGCCUGGACGACAAGAGCGCAAUCGUCAGCGGCGCCCGUCUGGACCCGCGCUCCGACGUCGUCGUCUCGUCCUAUGUCCACCUGCGCUCGUGCGCCGACUCGUUCGGGCCCCUGCUCGGCGCCCCCGUGGCAGCGAGGCGGCCCAGGAUGCCGCCCUGGCCGAGCCUGCUGUAUCUGAUGCCCAAGGACGCGGGGGGCGGUAUCGCCGUUGCUGCGUGCCUGCCGGAAGACGAGGUCGAGUUUCUGAGACGUGACGAGGAGAUGGCAAGAUAUGCGGUCUACAUUGGCUAGGUGGUUGUGAUCUGGGCGCCUGCUCUGAUGUCCUGAUUCCAUCCAUCAACCGGCCAGCUUGGACGGGUCUCUAUUUUACUUUUUCAUUAUCCCUUGCAUCCUGUACCUGCCCGACAUGCCUUGGUCUUGAUCCAUUUUGAGUCUAUGGCGCCGCUCGUGAGACGAUUAGGACUUGGGGGCAGGUUGGGAAGAUCGUUCCGCUGUAGUUGAUGGGCUCUCCGUGUUAUGGUUGCAGCGGGUGCCCUAGGAAUUAGUGGCUGGUAUACGGCAAGUAAAGGGUGGUGAUGCGUGGGCAAGGUAAUUGCGAUAUCUGGAACACGAUGGAGGCACAAGGACACUGCCACCCGGCAGUCAUGAAAGAUACUAUGCAUCCUUGGCGGUCACAUGUCGCUUGCUGGUUCCAAAGCCCUCCAACGCGCACCAAAGCCAGCGCCGCCUCGGGAGGUGCAGCGUCUUCGCCGGUGAGGGACUGGGUCGGGCUCGGGUCCAGACUUUCGAUCUCGAUAGCGGGGGCGGCCCGCGAACCCCAGAACGGAAGGUGUCGGGCCCGACACCCCAGGAGGGGAGCUUUGCCGCGUCGGUCGUGCAGCAUGUCGACGUAGACGAACAUUCAGGAAACAAGCCAGCAAAGGUGGUGGUGUUUGGAGUCCUCAUCUCUGUGCUGCCGUUUCCUUUGCAUCCCGUCGUCUCGUCUUUUGCUCGCUCUCGUGUACUCCUCCGAGCAGCGCGGCAUGGGGGGACAUACAGUGCGAUGUAGACGACAUGGAAUCUACCCCGUCACGUCUUCUACAAAAAAGGUGGCAGUUCCUUUUAAGAAUAGGAAUAGAAAUAGGUAUAAAAACAGGAAUAAUAUAUGGGAAUAACAAUGGGAAAAAUAAGAAUAGGGAAGCUUAC